AUGCCAGUCCCCGCCGCAGCGACCAAAGUGGUCGAGGGUUUCGAGAUGCCCAGCCGAUUUGCCGAAUCUUCCAAGCUCGUCUUCACCGUCAACAACACUCGCUUUCAACUUUCCACAGCAAAAGGCGAUGACCUUGAUCUGACUCUGCUCGAGUUCAUCCGAAGCAAAGGCUUCACCGGUACCAAGCUCGGGUGUGGUGAAGGUGGUUGCGGUGCCUGCACUGUCGUUGUCGGCAAGUAUGAUACCCAGGCGCCCGCAUCAUCUUCCUCCUCUUCGGCCUCCAAGGCACCAUACAGGUACAAGUCCGUCAACGCGUGUCUGCUGCCACUCGUUGCCGUGCACGGAUGCCACGUCCUUACAGUCGAAGGUAUCGGCUCUUCGUCCAACCCCCACCCCAUUCAGGAACGAAUUGGAAAACUCUUUGGCUCGCAAUGCGGUUUCUGCACACCAGGCAUCGUCAUGUCUCUUUACGCUACUGUUCGCAACGGAUUCGGCCACCUCACAGAGGAAGACAUUGAACACUCGCUCGAUGGCUGUCUUUGCCGAUGCACCGGUUACCGACCCAUCCUUGACGCUGCAAAGUCGUUCGCAACCGUCAAGAGCACCAAGAACGGCACUAACGGCACCAGCUCGAGCGCUAACAACAGCGACCACUCGGACGAUGCUGAACCCACCACAACCCCUGAGGCCGACCUCAUCACACGAACGCCCUGUGCAAAAGGUGCUGACUGCUGCAUGGUCAAUGGCAAGUCAAAAGGCUGUGCACCAGCCACCACUACCGCCCCAGGCAUCUCUACCACAGCAGACGUAAUCGCAAAGGUGCUCGACGCCAACCAAUUCAAGCCAUAUGACGCAGCUUCCGAGCUCAUUUUCCCACCUUACCUCGCCAAGGACAUCUUUGACAGACAAGAUCUGGUCUUCAUCGAGGAGCAGCCUGAAGCCGAUGAGCUCGAAAUUGAUGCUGAACCCAAGAAACAGAUCUCGGCACGUCAGGUAUGGAUGCGACCAGGCUCGCUUCAGUCUCUUGUUCAGUGCAUGAAGCUGUACGGUCUCGAUCCGGGCGGCAAGAUCCGUAGUGGGAACACAGAGACUGGUAUCGAAGUCAAGUUCAAGCACCUCAAGUACAGCGUCUCGAUCUUUGUCUCUGACCACAUCAAGGAUCUCGCCUUCUACAAGUCCGAUGAGCGCGGUAUCACUGUUGGCGCCAACUUGAGUCUCACUGACCUUGUUCGUCAACUCAAGUCUGAACGUCCGACUGCACCUUACGCACAGCAGGUCAAGCGUGCGAUCCUCGACAACCUAGCCUACUUUGCAUCCAAUCAAAUCCGCAAUGUUGCCACGCUAGCAGGUAACAUCGCCACCGCAUCGCCCAUCUCGGAUCUCAACCCUGUUUGGGUCGCAACCGGUGCCGAGUUGUCAUAUAUCGACACGACCUCGUCGGCAGAGAAGUCGGUCAACAUGCGUGACUUCUUCCUCGGCUACCGAAAGACCGCUUUGCCAGCAGGUGCUGUCAUUACUAAGCUCUACAUUCCCUGGUCUGACGACGCUGGUAGUGUCGUGCAUGCUUUCAAGCAGUCCAAGCGAAAGGAUGAUGACAUUGCUAUUGUCAACGCCUGUCUCCGUUUGUCGGUCCGGGAGGACAAGAUCACCAAUGCAACCUUCGCAUUUGGAGGUAUGGGACCCACCACGAUGCAGAGCGUUGAAGUGCAGAAGUUCCUGGUAGGCAAGCAGUUCAGUGCACCUGAGUCGCUCUCCGAGACGUUGCAGAUUCUUGCGAAGCAGGACUUCCCGCUGUCUUACGGAGUGCCCGGUGGUAUGCCGAUCUUCCGCAAAACACUUGCUCUUGGUUUCGUGACACGAUUCUGGGGUCUGGCUGCGCCACACCUUGGUUUGCCAAAACUUAAAUCGGCGCAUGCAACUCUGCCUGAUCUCGAGGAGCUGGCAACCAGCACUGUCGAGCGACCUGUCACAUCUGGUCUGCAAGAUCUCGAGAACGUCGCUAUCAAGCAGCCUGUGGGCGAUUCGAUCCCGCAUCUGUCUGCAAUGAAGCAGGUGACUGGUGAGGCGGUCUACAUUGACGACAUGCCACCUGUUGCCAACGAGCUUCAUGCCGGCUUCGUGCUCUCGCAGCGCGCUCAUGCCAUCUUGAAGAAGGUCGAUGCGAGCGAAGCUUUGCAGAUGCCUGGCGUCGUUGACUUCGUCACCUACAAGGACAUUCCUGAAGGUGGCAGCAACGUGUGGAACCCGCCUUCAAUGGAUGAGACGUUCUUCGCCGAGAGCAAGGUCUACACUGUGGGUCAGAUCGUUGGUGUUAUCGUAGCCGACACCAAACGCAAUGCUCAGGCUGCUGCCCACAAGGUACAGAUCGAGUAUGAAGACCUGCCGCACAUCCUCACCAUCGACGAGGCUAUUGUGGCAGAGAGCUUCUUUAAGCCUCGUCCCGUCAUUCACCGCGGAGACUCGUUGGAUGAAAGCUGGAGCCAGCACGACCAUGUCUUGGAAGGAGAGACUCGCAUGGGGGGCCAGGAGCAUUUUUAUCUGGAGACUAAUGCCUGUUUGGUGAUUCCAGGCAAGGAGGACUCCGAGAUCGAGGUCAUCUCAUCGACGCAGAACCCUUCCGAGACGCAAGUCUUCUGUGCUUCCAUUCUCGGUAUUCCGAACAACCGCGUGGUGACGCGUGUCAAGCGACUCGGCGGUGGAUUCGGAGGAAAAGAGUCGCGUACCAUUGCCUUUGCUGCUCCUUUGACCUUGGCUGCCAAGAAGCUUGGUCGACCGGUGCGUGUCAUGCUUGACCGUGACGAGGACAUGCUGACCACCGGUCAGCGUCAUCCCUUCAUGUGCAAGUGGAAGCUGGCCUUCAGCUCGUCUGGUAAGCUCGAACGCCUGCACGCUAAGGUAUACAACAAUGGUGGUUGGAGUCAGGACCUUUCGCAGGCCGUGCUCGAACGUGCCAUGUUCCAUAUUGACAAUUGCUAUCAGAUCCCGCAUCUGCACGUAGAGGGAUACAUUUGCAAGACCAACACUAUGUCGAACACCGCUUUCCGUGGGUUUGGUGGUCCUCAAGGCAUGUUCUUCACUGAAGACUUUGUCAGCAAAGCUGCCGCUGUGAUUGGUAUGCGACCCGAAGCGAUGCGUGAGCUCAACCUAUACCGCGAGAACGACGAGACGCACUUCAGGCAGAAGCUUGUCGAUUGGAACGUGCCGACUCUCUGGGAGCAGCUCAAGUCUUCGGGUGAUUUUGAGAGGCGUAGCAAGGCAGUUGACGAAUUCAAUGCCAAACAUCGUUACCGCAAGAGGGGUAUCAGCAUGAUUCCUACCAAGUUCGGUAUCUCGUUUACUGCCAUCUUCCUUAACCAGGCAUACGGUGUUGUGCAUGUCUACCAUCACGAUGGUAGUGUGCUUUUCUCACACGGUGGUACGGAGAUGGGUCAGGGUCUGCACACCAAGAUGGCUCAAGUGGUGGCAACAGAGCUCGACAUCCCGGUGUCGAUGGUGCAUCUAACCGAGACCAACACUGCUCAGGCAUCGAACACAUCGGCCACUGCGGCUUCGGCAUCUUCGGACCUCAAUGGUAUGGCGCUGAAGAACGCCUGCACGCAGCUCAACGAGUCGUUGGCUAAGUUCCGCAAAGACGCAGCAGCCAAGGGUCUUUCUGGUGUCGAGGCAUGGAAGGAUGCCGUCCACAUGGCCUACUUCAACCGUGUCCAGCUGUCUGCCAUCGGUCACUACCGUACACCUGGUAUCGGAUACAACUGGAAGGACGGAACCGGCACACCAUUCUACUACUUCACUCAAGGUGUAGCGAUCUCGGAAGUGGAACUGGACACCAUCACUGGUGACCACCGCAUCGUCCGUGCAGAUGUACACAUGGACAUUGGUCGCUCUAUCAACCCUUCGAUCGACGUCGGUCAGAUCGAAGGAGCCUUCACCCAAGGAUUCGGCCUGUUUACACUCGAAGAGACCUUAUACAUGAACAAUGGUCAGCUUGCUACUCGUGGUCCGGGCAACUACAAGAUCCCUGCUUUUCUCGAUACCCCGACCGACAUGCGGAUCUCGUUCCUCAAGGUACAAGACCCGUCAAAUCCUGCGGUAGCGAAGCACAACAAGCAUUUGGGAACCAUCCAGUCGAGCAAAGGUAUUGGUGAACCCCCGCUUUUCUUGGGUGCUUCGGUGUUCUUUGCGCUUAAACUUGCUAUCUCUGCCGCUAGAGUGCAAUAUUUGGCACCGAAAGGCGAGCAGACUGCGGUGUUGAAGGAUUCGUUCCAUCUGGUGUCCCCUGCCACUGCGGAGAGGAUCAGGGUAGCAAUCGGUGAUCCGCUUGUGGAGUUAGCGAAGGAGACUACGCCCAGAAGGGACGGAGAGAAGCCUUUCUUCGUUGCUAUUUCUUAG